CACCCGUGCGCAAGUUGUUGCAAGACAUCGCUCAGUCUCGAUUAUUUUAUCCCAAAGAGCUAUAGAGACGUUCACAUCAAACUGCAGCUCGUCGGACACCACAACGGACAUUGAGAGUAAUAUGGACACAAGUCAUUCACACCAUAAUUCUUGCACGUCGGUUAGAAUAAGGUUGUAUCGCUGAGUCCUAAACCUUUGUGUGCAGCAGUCUCUGAAAAGGAGAAACAAGGCCAUGGAGAUUUUCAACUCCACCCUCUCAAGCAACCUCAGCCACAGUGUUAAUGUGAGCGGAACGUUGCGCCCAAGUCCCUACACCACGGUGGAGAUGGUUGUCAUCGUCCUGGUGGCUGGGUCCCUCAGCUUGGUCACAGCCACAGGGAACAUCCUGGUCAUGCUCUCUAUCAAGGUAAACAGGAACUUGCAGACCGUCAAUAACUAUUUCCUGUUUUCGCUGGCUUGUGCCGACCUCAUCAUUGGCCUGGGCUCAAUGAAUCUCUACACUCUUUAUAUCGUGAUGGGCCACUGGCCCCUGGGCCCUGUAGUGUGUGACCUGUGGUUGGCUGUGGACUAUGUCGUUAGCAAUGCAUCUGUCAUGAACCUGCUCAUCAUCAGCUUCGACCGCUACUUCUGUGUGACCAAGCCUCUGAGCUACCCAGCGAGGCGCAGCACCAAGAUGGCGGGUCUGAUGAUAGCUGCGGCCUGGGUUCUGUCCUUCAUCCUCUGGGCGCCCGCCAUCUUGUUCUGGCAGUUUGUCGUAGGCGGCCGGACAGUGCCACCUGGCCAGUGCUACAUCCAGUUCUUCUCCAACGCCGCUGUGACCUUUGGCACGGCCAUCGCGGCGUUCUACCUGCCGGUCGGGAUCAUGAUCGCCCUCUACUGGCGCAUCUCCCGGGCCAGUCGCAGCCGUGUGAGGAAAAGCAGAAGGAAGCCCUCGGGAACCAGCUUAGGUGAAGGCCUGUCACAGAGCCAGGAUGAUGGGGGUGAGGUCCAGCCCAACAACUGCACCAUGACCGGGGAUGAGGAAGAGGAGGGUGAAGAUAGAGGGAAGGAAAGAGAGAUGGUGCAGCGCCAGCCGAAUAGCAGAGGUCUGAGGCGUUUGGAAGGAGUGGAAACUAGAGAAAGCUCCACCAAUGAAAGCUCCACCACAGUCAGCAUCCCCAUGUCGUCCAAUCACAGGGAAGAAGAGAACACCUUCCAGCAGGGGCUGAACGGCAAGACCAAGCCAAAGCAAGCUCAGAGGUCUACUCAGAACCCAGGUUCUGGAUGUGGUUCCUCUCUCACAGACCCCUCCCAGACUGGACCCAGAACUAAGACAGACUCUGCCCCCGCCAAUGAGAAGCAAAACCUGGUUACACGGACACUGCUCAAGGUAACGAAUCAGAGGUCAAACAGGAAGGUUAAGAAGAGGGGGACACCUUCCCGGGAGAAGAAGGUGACUCGCACCAUCAUGGCCAUCCUGGUGGCGUUUGUGGCCACGUGGACACCCUACAACGUGAUGGUGCUGAUCAACACCUUCUGCUCGGCCUGCAUCCCCAGCUCUUUGUGGACCAUCGGCUACUGGCUGUGCUACAUCAACAGCACCAUCAACCCCGCAUGCUACGCGCUCUGCAAUACAACCUUCAAGAACACCUUCAGACAGCUGCUGCUGUGCCAGUAUAGGAACAUCCGUACUGCCCGGUGAGGGCGUGGCAGGGGGGUGGGGCGGAGC